AUGGCUACCUCAACUGGGGAAGCCACCGUAAGCGGGGAAGACCCCGCGGGAUGCCCCCAAAUGUACGUGGCCAUUUACAACAUAGGGAAGAAGAAAAACAUCGGCAGCAUUGUACGAAGUUGUGUCGCCUUUGGGGUCAGCAAAAUUUUCGUCGUGAGUAGAAAAAAAAACGAAGUCUCCUUUUUUGGCCACAUGGGUACAUAUAAAUAUAUAACCGUAGCGUAUUUCUCCAGCAUGAAGGAGCUGAAGACCCACCUGCUCCAAAAUAACAUUCUAUUGUAUGGGUGCGAAAUAACAGACAGUGCUAUACCUGUGACGAGACAUCCUUUUGUAAAUAAAGAUACGGCCUUUUUAUUUGGAAAUGAAGGAACCGGAAUUAAUGAUGAAACACUAAGCUAUUGUGAUAAAAUCAUUUACAUCCCUCAGUAUGGCAAUGGCACAUGUUCUCUGAACGUGUCCGUUUCGUGUGCUAUAAUUUUGCAUCACUUUGCUGUGUGGGCAAAUUAUCCCGAGGUGGGGAUUUCGGGAAAAAAAUUUGUCCUCAAUAAAUGUGUAAGUAAAUUGGAGCAAUAUUUGAACCCUUCGGAUGACUUGCUUCGAAAGAUUAAUGAGAAACGGAAAGAGCGGGCAGCAGCCAAGGAGGCUUCCCCCGAUUUAGCGGAUCUCCAUUUGGCCUACCCCUCCGUUGACCGCUUCCCUGGUUGA